AUGAUAGCACGAGUCAUAGAGCAGCAAAAUGCUCUGUCCAAGAUUCUCUCCACAGACCGUAAAGUGAGACACCUACUGCACUCAUGGCAGGACCUGGAGGUUUUGGAAUCUGUUAACAAGGCCCUCAGUCCACUACAAGAUUUCACAGAUGCCCUAUCAGGUGAAAGUUAUGUAAGCAUUUCCUGUGUCAAGCCUGCUCUCAAUCUCCUGAACACUUCUGUGUUGGCUGAAGAAGAAGAGGACACUGACCUAACCAAGUCACUAAAAUCAAGAAUUCUACAGUACCUUAAUAAGAAAUAUGAAGUCACCCAAGACCUGUUAAACAUGGCAUCUUUUAUGGACCCACGGUUCAGAACACAGUACCUGUCAGCCGAUGAGACCCAGAGCAUCAAAGAUCGAGUCAUCGCUGAGUUGCAGGAACUUCAGCAGCAUCAGCCUGAACCCCAAAGCACUGCAGCGAUGGAGGGGGAUAGUCAUGUGGGAAACCCACCUGCUGCGAAAACCAAGAAGAAAAGUCUUGCAAGUUUUUUCAAGGAAUCUACACGUGCAGCAGCACCACUGUCAGGCAACACUGCAUUUGAUCCCAUACAACAGUCUAGAGAAGCAGUGGCUGCAGAACUCAAUAUUUACAUUUAUAUGCCACUUAUAGAUCAUGGAGAAGAUCCUUUGAAAUGGUGGAAGUUUCACAAGAUCAACUUCCCUAGGCUAUGCAAAUUAGCACAAAAAUAUCUGUGUAUCCAAGCAACAAGCUCUGCGUCAGAGAGGGCUUUUAGCAGCAGUGGUAAUAUUGUAUCUAACCAUCGGUCCUGUCUGAAACCAGACAAGGUGGAUAUGCUGGUGUUUUUGUCAAAGAACCUCUCAGCAAGUGUUUAA